UAUGCAAGUAAAAGUCCAGUUUCCACUUACCAGUUACCACUAUGCAGUAUACACUUUAAAGUGCCAAAACAAUUAAUAGUUCAAUUUAAUAAUUAUAACGGAAUAAAUACAACAUUUAUAGUAAAAUAAAUAAUUUUACUAGUGUGUACAGAUUUUUCAUAUCUUGCAGUUUUCUGAAAUAAUGGAAGAAAAAUAUAUUCUAUCAUUAGAUAUUGGAACUACAACCAUACGAGCAUUUAUUUAUAACUCUCGUACCGAAACUAUAGCUAAGGCUGUUGAUCACGUAAUACUACAUUAUCCAGAACCAGGCUAUGUAGAGAUCGAUCCUGAUGAAUUAUGGAACUCUGUUGUUGAUGUCAUUAAUAAGGCUUUAAAUUGUGCCAAGUUAAGUCCUAGACAAAUAACUGCAAUGGGAAUUUCAACACAGCGGAGUACUUUUACCACAUGGUCUAGAGUAACAGGAAAACCAUUUCAUAGAUUCAUCACAUGGAAGGAUUUAAGGGCUGAUAAAUUAGUUAAAUAUUGGAAUAAUUCAUAUUUGUGGAGGUUUAUAAAGGUUGGUGCUUAUGUAUUAUAUAUGGUAUCGAGAAGUAAAAGAUUUAAAGCCGGAAGUGUUUUUAAAUUUUCAAAUAAUCAGACUACUUUGCGACUUUAUUGGGCUCUACUUAAUGUACCUGAAUUGAAAAUUGCAGUUGAGAAAAAUGAUGCAAUGUUUGGCACAUUAGAUACAUGGCUUUUAUAUAAAAUGACGGAUAAGAAAAUACACAUGACUGAUAUAUCGUCAGCGUCAGCUACGGGUUUCUUCGACCCAUUCACUAUGCAGUGGGCCGGGUGGGCCAUGUCCAUAUUUGGUAUAUCCUUAGAGAUGUUGCCCACAAUUGUGGACACGGCAGGCGACCACUUUACCAGUACAGCGAAGGAGAUAUGGGGGCAUGCUAUACCCAUUAAGAGUUGUAUAGCUGACCAAACAGCUUCAAUGUGGGGCUCAUGUUGCUUCGACGUUGGAGACGUGAAGCUUACGAUGGGGACUGGGACAUUCUUCAACAUAAACACGGGUUCAUCGCCCCACGCCAGCGUAUCGGGCCUUUAUCCUGUAGUGGGUUGGAAAUUGGGGCAGGAAUUGGUCUUCUCGGCUGAAGGGGCCAAUAAUGAUACCGCUAGUAUUAUUAAAUGGGCCCAUAAUUUGGGCCUAUUUGAAAAACCAGAAGAUACAGCUGACAUAGCGAUGUCUGUCCCGGAUUCGGAUGGUGUGUUCUUCAUACCAGCAUUUAGUGGACUCGGGCCCCCAUACAACGAUUGUACGGCGGCUUCAGGCUUUAUAGGAAUGAAGCCUUCGACGACCAAGACGCACUUAGUACGCGCGGUUUUGGAGGCGAUAGCCUUUCGUACGGCGCAGUUGUACGAUUGUGUACGGAAGGAAACGAGCUAUACGUUCAAUACUAUACGUAUGGACGGUGGCGUGUCUAACAAUGAUUUCGUGGCCCAAUUGGUGGCGGACCUCACAGGCCUCAAAGUGGAAAGGCCGACUGAAGUUGAAAUGUCUUCGCUUGGGUGUGCUCAUUUAGUUGGACUCACUUUAGGUAUAUUCAAAUCGAAAGAGGAACUAAAGUCCCUCCGUAAAAUUGGUACCGUAUUUACACCGCGUGCGCACGUCAAAAAGUCGUACGACGUCACGAUUUCCCGUUGGGAAAACGCCGUUAAACGGAUGUGUGGAUGGUAUACAGACAAUAAAUCUUCGCAAAAUAGUAUUUCCGAUAGUUCGGCGACGCCCCAAAGUAGUUUCAAAAAUGGCAAGGCGAAAUAGCAUCGGUUUUUGUACCUAUUUAUCAAGAGUCUGAACAGACUCAGAUGAUAUAGGGACAAAGUCACCUUGUUGUUAUAUGUGUAAGGUAUUAUGGACUGUAAGUCGAUUGAAUAGAGUCGAUUUUGUAGUAUGAUUACUUUUUGAGGUUAUACUUCUUUUGGCGCGAUGGUGGAAAAUGAUGAGAGUACAUUUUUACGAUGCGCAAAUACCAACACCUAAAUUCGACAUCGUAAAG